AUGACCUCCCUGCAGACCUGGACCAGAAGCUUCUCAGGAUGGGUCGUCUUCUGCUGCUGUUGCUGUCUCCCUCUUCUUCUCACUAGCCCUCUGCCUCCAAAAGGGGCAGAGGUGGCUUCUACGGCCCAUCAUGCCUGCAGGCUCAGGAAGAUCAACUUCCAGCAGCCCUACAUCAGGAAUCGCACCUACACCUUGGCUAAAAUGGCCAGUGUCUCAGACCAGGACACAGACAACAGGCUCAUUGGGCAGCACAUCUAUGUUAACAUCAAGGAAAACAACCGCUGCUACAUGAUGAAGAGGAUUAUCGAGAUUGUAGUGAAAGAUGUCCUCCUCACCGAGGCCAAGGACCGGUACCCAUACACUGAGGAGGUGGCACAGUUCUUGGCAUCCCUGACCUCGGAGCUGAGCAGAUGUAAAUUCUUAGGACACAGAGAGCACAUUGAAAAGAAUCUUGAAGAAAUGAAGAGAAAAAUGAAACAGUUGGGAGAGAAUGGAAAGAUUAAAGCCAUUGGAGAGCUGGACUUACUGUUUGACUACACAGAAAACGCCUGUACUGAUGCCCCAAGGAAGGGAGGGAACAAGAAGAAAAACUGA